UCUCUCUCUCUCCACCCGAAAUGGCUUGGCGCGGGUCGAUCUCCAGAUCGCUGCUCGCCACCGCGCGUUCGUCCUCGUCCACCCUCCGAUCGCCGGCGGCGGCCCCCCGCCUCCGCCCUCCGCCGCUCGCCGGCCCUCGCGUCCAGCGCCGCCGUCUCUCCUGCGCCCCUCCCAGGACUUUGGGAGAGCUGGCGUGCGCCCAGUCUCUCCUCCCGCUCCACAGCGUGGUCGCCGUGCCUUGCCUCACCUCGCAUCUUUCCGUCAGCGCGAGAGCGUGCUGUGAGCUCUCUCAGGGUACCUUUCGUCGCACUUGUCAAGAUCGCUAGUUAUGUCCUUCUUUGGAAAAAUGGAAAAGAUGGUUGAUGCAAGAGACAGGCUGGCAUUCGGUGGGAAGCUUUGACUUCUAACUUGAUGUACUUGAAGGCAGUAGGAUUGAUGACAAGCUUGUCAAGAGCAUUUGGAGCAGUUGUCAUAUGGGGUGUCUUUGAAACCUUUGAGCUAAUAUCGUUAGCUGCAGGACUAGAACAAACAUACAAAUGAUUCUGCUUGUUUUUUAUAAAGUUUGAAUUCUUCCCAACUCUUGGAUUCCCAAUUCAUGUCUUAGAUGCUGUCUGCUUUUGUUUCAUGUGGAACUCUGAAAUUGGUGGCUUGCAUGUUUGGUUGUUUAGUUCAGUCCUUAAAAUGCAAUGUUAAGGGAAAUUUUGAGGUCCA